AUGAUUCAUUCAAAAAUAAUAGGGCAACUACCGUUGUUUAAAAGCUCCCUCAAAUCCACUUACAAACCCAUUUUUAGCAGAUCAUUUGUACAACCGUCAAUUUCAAAUUAUUAUCGUUGUAGAUCUAAUCAAUCUCAAUUUCAGAUCCAAAUAAAGAGAUAUGCAUCUUAUCGAAGAUUUGAUGGAUCCAGUAACCAACAAAAUUUAUACGACUUAUACUAUAGAAUUUUAACAAGUCGAACAACAUUAUAUGUUGGUGGUGGGCUUUUAGUAUUUUAUAUUUAUAAUUUACAUGAAGCUCCAUAUACUCAUAGACGUAGAUUUAUAUGGAUUCCAUAUUGGAUAGAAACUAAAAUUGGUGAUUAUUCAUAUAGACAAAUAAUGGCACAAUAUGGAUCUAUGAUAUUACCACAUUCAAAUCCAUUAUAUGGUAGAAUUUCAUCAAUAAUGAAUAGAUUAUUAAAAACAGCAAUAGAUAAUGAUAAAGAAAACCCUAAGCAACAACAACAUUUAAAAAAUUUACAUUGGGAAAUAAAUAUUAUACAAAAUGAUAAAUUACCUCCAAAUGCAUUUAUAUUACCAAAUGGAAAAAUAUUUAUAUUUAGUUCCAUAUUACCAAUUUGUGAAAAUGAUGAUGGAAUAGCAACAGUAUUAGCUCAUGAAUUAUCUCAUCAAUUAGCUCAACAUUCAAGUGAACAAUUAAGUUCUCAACCUAUAUAUAUGUUUUUAUCAACUGUUUUAUAUUCAUUAACUGGUAUUUCAUGGUUUAAUGAUUUAUUAAUUAAUGGUAUAUUUACAAUGCCAGCAUCAAGAGAAAUGGAAACUGAAGCUGAUCAUAUUGGUUGUGAAAUUUUAGCUGCAAGUUGUUAUAAUCCAGAUCAAGCUAUACAAUUUUGGAAAAGAAUGGGGAUAAUGGAACAAAAAAUGACAAAACAACAAGGUGGUGUUGGUGGUGCUGGUUCAAGUUUAGUUGAAUGGUUUUCAACUCAUCCUGCUACAAAUAAAAGAAUUCAUGAUAUUGAAUCUUGGAUGCCUCACCUCAGAGAAAUUAGUGAAUCAAGUGGUUGUUAUGAAUAUGGAAAAUUUCAUAAUUUUAAUACUAAUUUUUUUAAUAGACAACGUUAG